UGAAUGGGAGAGAGAGAGAUACCUUCUCUGUAGCUAUGCUGUGGGAUAGAGAAGGACAGAGCGACACCUACCUGGUUACAAGUCAGCGGUGAGUACAGAGUUGUAAGGGCGCUGCUGUGCCGAUAUAUUGCGACGUGCACGCCCAUAGAAACGGCUACAGACCUUGGACGAAUUGGAAUCGUCCGGCGACGUGAUAUAAAGCUGGUUUGGACAAAAAUUCCAGCACAGCGCUACUUCCACAGCGGCGGAAAUCACCAUUAAACUCCUCUUUAGGCAAGGCCGCAAUAUUUUCGAUCCCUACGAUUUCAGCUCGCACAUCUUCAAAACAGUGUGUGUGAUGUCGUUGGUUAUCGUAGCUUCCUGUAGCUUCCGCUGCGAAAAUACCAAUGAAUUGCUAGUCUGAGCAAAUUAUGGCAUUACGCUUUAUCAGGGCGAAGACGUUACAUUGUAGGAAUUUGAAGUCCCGAGUUUUCAGCAGCUGUUCUAACAUGAAGAAGGGAUUGGUGCUCGGUGUCUACGAGACGGAAGGUAACGAUAGCGUUACACUUACACCCACUGCGGCCAAAUAUAACGAUCUCAUUAAUGGAAGACUGCUGAAAAAUAUUUGCCUGAGAGGCUAGGACAAGAAUUGUAAUAUGCGUUUACAAUGUAAUAACCAUGGACUCGCUGCACCAGAAGAAUUGAAAAGAUUAUUGCGUACAGGAUAGUUGGUAUUACGCGUCUCGUACCCUGGCAUCUUACCAGCAAUUUAUGUUCAACUGUGAUUACGGUGUAAAGUAUAUGUGAAACGAGAAAGUUAAUGGCAAAGCAAAGACGUAAAAAUAUCGUGUAUUAAAGUGGAAAGAGUCGUCGAGAGAUGUCGAGUGUCAGUGGCGGGACAAUUGGGAAUGGAAAUGGGGCAGGGAGUAGCGGAGAGACUUCUGAUUAUGGAACCAGACCUCCGAAGCGGAAUUUACAGUCGACAUAUGUAUUCCAUGGGAUAGGUGGAUCAGUCGAGGAUAAAAACAAUGAUUAUUUAUGCCCCAUUUGCUUCGAAGUUAUCGACGAAGCUCACAUAACCCGCUGCGGUCAUACCUUCUGUUUCCGAUGCAUAGUGAAAUCCCUGGAGGUAAAUGGACGGUGUCCGAAAUGUAGCAGCAAUUUAGGACAGCAGGACAUAUUUCCCAAUUUUUUAUUGAACGAUUUAGUCUCCAAAUACAAGACUCGGGUUAAAGGGAUUUCGGAGUUAGGAUGUGUCCACACAGGAGACGGAAGAAACAGAAGUAACUUCGGAGCGGAGUUGCCUGUGCCUCCAUGCGAUGGCUUAAGAGACUUUGUGGCAGCGGAGAGUGCAAACUUGACAUUACCAGAUGUCAACGUGAUGUUGGAAGUUUUAACGCAGAGGAAGCAUCUGCUGGAAGCGGAAUCUUGUGCAGCGCAGAACAAGUUACUCCAUGAAUUUCUGAAACACCUGCUGCAGCAAAAGGAAGAGCAAAGGCUACAGCUGCAGAAGGAGGUCGCUCUGAUUAAACGAGACAUGGAAGAGGUGGAGAGCAUCCUGAGAGACGUUCAGAGCAAAUGCCCGAAGGUAGAAGAUUUGAAACGCUCCAGCAAGAACGAUACAGCUCAAGUUUGUGCCAUUAGGAAGGAAAUGAUGGACUUGAUAGACAUAAUAGACUCAAAUAUGGUGAAGCCUAACGAGCCAAAUAUGACAGGUCAGAUCGAAGGUAUUAAUAGCACUGGCAUCGGUCAGAAACUCAGCGAUCGGCCUGUGGGUUCCACCUUGGCGGUUCGCAGGAAAAGGAUGCAUGCUCAUUUCGAUGAUUUCGUUCAAUGUUAUUUCGACUCCAGAGCUAAGGAACUGUUAUUCGGACAGCACAAAACCCAAUCGCAGCCUGAGAUCGAGCAUGGCACCAAUUCGGGCCUCGACAUCUUCAGGGAGAACCUCGUCAAGUUCUCGAGGUACAAUUCCCUACGACCUUUGGCCACUUUCAACUACACCUCCGAUAUAUUUAUCAAUUCUACCAUAGUCUCGAGUAUAGAGUUCGAUAAGGACAACGAGUUCUUCGCAAUAGCUGGGGUAACAAAGCGCAUCAAGGUGUUCGAUUAUGGUGCAGUGAUACGUGAUACCGUUGAUAUCCAUUAUCCCUGCGUGGAGAUGGUCUCCAGCUCAAAGAUAUCCUGCGUCUCUUGGAACUCUUAUCAUAAAGGCAUGCUGGCUUCGUCGGACUACGAGGGCACCGUGGCAGUUUGGGAUGCUGGGAUGGGAAGGGAGAUCAAAGCAUUCCAAGAACACGAGAAGAGAUGCUGGUCGGUGGAUUUCAAUGAUGUCGACACUCGACUCAUUGCAUCUGGCUCCGAUGACGCCCGAGUGAAACUUUGGUCUCUCAACGUAGACCAUUCGGUUGCCUCGAUAGAGGCUAAGGCUAACGUGUGCGGUGUUAAGUUCAACCCCAGGAGUUCUUGUCACCUAGCAUUCGGAUCGGCAGACCAUUGUGUCCAUUACUAUGACCUUCGCAACAUGAAGGAAGCCUUGUGUAUCUUCAAGGGACACCGUAAGGCCGUCUCUUAUGUGAAGUUUAUUAACAAGGAGGAAAUAGUGUCGGCCAGCACGGACUCGCAAUUGAAAAUGUGGAAUAUUAAUAAUCCUCAUUGCUUGAGGUCCUUUGUCGGACACGUCAACGAGAAGAAUUUUGUGGGCCUCGCUACGGAUGGGGAUUAUGUUGCCUGUGGAUCGGAGAACAAUGCACUGUAUGUCUAUUACAAGGGACUGACCAAGCAGCUCUUCUCAUAUAAAUUCGAUGCUGUUAGAAGUGUCCUUGAGCUGCAGGAAAGAAGAGAGGAAGAUCUCAAUGAAUUCGUCUCCGCGGUCUGCUGGAGACAAAUGUCCAACGUAGUCGUUGCAGCCAAUUCUCAGGGCAUCGUCAAGAUCUUGGAAUUAGUUUGAGAAUGGAUGCAUCAUGCUUCGGUCUUGCACGAUGGAUUUGGCACAUCGCAGGCUUCUGUAUUUUUUAAAAAGCCUGCGGUAUAUUGACAUCCAUGACUCUCCUACGAGAAUUCCAGUGUCCCAUUAUUGGAGAAUGGUCACGUUGUUUGUGAUCAACUGCAACUUGUUGAAGUCUUAAUAUUCUUUGUGUGCAUCGCAGAGAAAUCUUGAAGGAAGAGGGUUAUUGCUCGAUGUUCCUCCAGGUUUUUUUUGGAUAUCGGAGCAAUGGCGACACCAUAAAAUCGUGCUUUCUGGGGUUGUUUCUAGAAUCAGUGUGGUAAUAUUAAAUUGCCGCGACCUGGUAGCAUCCAUAUUGUGUUCUAUUCGUCAACGAUGUACAGUGGAGUUGUUUGGUGCACAGCGAAGAUAAUGGAGACUCGAUGGAGGGCCAUGCCGGAAGGCAGUCCUGGGAGGGAAGAGGCUUUGCACCCCAGGACAUGCUUAAUUAAUCCGGAGACUGAUCUAGACGUUUGCUUUAGUGAAUUCGAUUAAUGCACAAAGUCAUUACCGAACUAAGUCAGGUAUUUGUUGGGGGGGAUCGAAUGAUUUGUCGUCUUUAUUUUGUAUAUCCAAUUGUUCGAUUAAACGUGGUGAUUAGAUUAAUUAUAAUUGCUCUACAACUCGUUACCAACGAUGCGUUCGGUGUGUAUACUGAUUUGUCAGGGA